AAGCUUGCAAAUUAUUUUCAUUUUUGUGCCCUUUUACAGUUGUAGAAACUGCUUGCAGCCAGUCUACACCAAAAUGAGUCGAUUAAAAGCUCUCUCUCUUUUCUCUCUCCUCCUCUCUCUUUCAGCAGUUACAGUGCUAGGCCAGUCUAAUGGUGAGGUUCGUCUAGCAGUUAACGGGUUAGCAACAGGUUCAUAUACCUCUGGUCGUGUCCAGGUAUACUACAAGGGACAGUGGAGCAACAUAUGCAAUACUGGGUUUGGUAGCUAUGAAGCUAACGUGAUCUGUCACCAGUUGGGCUAUGAUUCAGCUGAUAACCACUCAUUUGCAUCAGUUGAUUCAUAUGGUAUAGAUGAUCAUCCUACAUUACUUGCUAAUGUAUCCUGUGCUAAUAACAAUCUGCAUAUAUUCCAAUGCUCAUAUGAAGAGACCUUUAACUGUGAUGAUCUCAACGACGUAUCAGUCGCAUGCAGCUCAACACCAGUAUGGACCGAUCCUCAUCAAGAGCACCUACGUAUAAUACCCAGUAGAUACCCUUCAAUGGGACGACUGGAGAUAUACCUGUCAGGUGACUGGGACACUUUAUGUGACAAUGGGUUCGGAGAGGGAGAGGCUAACACUGCUUGCAGACAACUGGGAUAUACAUAUGCACUUGAUUAUAACCACAUCUCAGACAUGGAAGGUACUGGUGGAAGAACCACUCAGUACACGUGUUGUUCAAGCAGCACUGAUUGCAUUGAGUCUUGCUAUUGUCAAGACGACGACGACACAGUCGACACUACAAAGAGAAGAAAAAGGAUCGAUUUAAUUUGUACUCAUGAUGAUGAUGUUACAAUAGAAUGUGAUUUUGAUGAAAAGGAGAAAGAAGAUGCUGGCACAAGAGAUGAAUGCGACUUUACUGCACGUGAUCGUGUCGUUGCUAUUGUUGCCGGAACAAUUGCUGGAAUUAUUGGACUAAUUAUUGCUGUUGGUAUUGGUAUUUUUGUCGUCAAAACAUUUUGUCUUAGUUAAUCAUUUUUUAUACCAGCUCUUUGUGUUAUUAUAAUAAUAAUAAUAAUUUUUAGCCUGUGAUUGUAAUAAUAA